CUCUCUCUCUCUCUCUCUCUCUCUCUCUCUCACGCCAUCGCUAUCCCAUCUCUCCUCCACCAACCUCUCCUCCUCCAUUUAGACCCCUUGCUCGCCAUCUCCCACAACCAGAUCGAAGAAGCAGAGCGAGAAGGUGGGAGAUCCCUCCUACCCGGCCAAGGAACAAUACAUCCCCAGGAAAAAUCAAUGGCCGGCUUUGAGGGCGUUGUCGUCUCCGAUCCAUGGCUCCAGAACCAGUUCACCCAGGUCGAGCUCCGUUCCCUCAAAUCCCAGUUCCUUGCUAGCGGCGGAGGCCGAGGGUCCCUCACCCUCCGCGAUCUAUCGGCCACCAUGUCGAGGCUGAAGAUCGCCGGCGACUGCCUUACCGAGGACGAGCGGGCUGCCUUCCUGAGGGAGUCCUAUCCCGACCUCGACCAUCAUGUCGACUUCGAGCUCUUCCUUCGGGUGUAUCUGAAGAUGCAAGGGCGGGUUGGUGCCAAGAACUCAUCAUCGGCCUUCCUCAAGGCCGCCACCACCACUCUGCUCCACACCAUCAGUGAGUCCGAGAAAGCCUCCUACGUCUCCCAUAUCAAUAACUACCUUGGCGAGGAUCCCUUCCUCAAGAAGUACCUUCCCAUCGAUCCGACGACCGAUGAUCUGUUCGAGAUAGCCAAGGAUGGCGUUCUCCUCUGUAAACUUAUCAAUUUGGCUGUCCCCGGGACCAUCGACGAGCGGGUGAUCAACACGAAGAGAGUGCUGAACCUGUGGGAAAAGAACGAGAACCUUAUGCUGUUUCUUAAUUCAGCCAAGGCCAUUGGGUGUACGGUGGUUAAUAUUGGAACGCAGGACCUAGCUGAAGGGAGGCCUCACCUUGUGCUUGGACUAAUAUCUCAAAUUAUCAAGAUUCAACUUCUAGCAGAUGUUAACCUGAAGAAUACUCCUCAGCUUGUAGAGUUGGUUGAUGACAGCAAGGAUGUUGAAGAGCUGAUGAGUCUGCCACCCGAGAAGAUUUUACUUAGGUGGAUGAACUUUCAGCUCAAGAAAGGUGGCUUCAGGAGGUUGAUAACCAACUUUUCAUCAGAUGUGAAGGAUGGAGAGGCUUAUGCAUGUUUGCUAAAUGUUUUGGCUCCUGAACAUAGUAGGAAGCCUUAUCCAAGUACAGUGAAAGAUCUUCUUGAAAGAGCAAAAUUAGUUCUUGAACAUGCAGAUAGGAUUGGUUGCAAAAGAUAUCUGACCCCUAAAGACAUUGUUGAAGGUUCACCAAAUCUUAACCUUGCCUUUGUUGCGCAUAUUUUUCAGAAAAGGAAUGGAUUAUCAUCACAGAUGAAGCAGGUCACAUUUCUUGAAGCAAAUUCUGAUGAUCCACAAGUUUCAAGGGAGGAAAAAGCAUUUCGAUUAUGGAUCAACAGUCUUGGAAUUUCAAAUAUAAAUAAUGUAUUUGAAGAUCUUAAAAAUGGAUGGCUCCUUCUAGAGGUCCUUGACAAGGUCUCUCCAGGAAUAGUUUGUUGGAAGUCUGCAAACAAACCUCCAAUAAAAAUGCUAUUCAAGAAAGUAGAGAACUGUAAUCAGGUAGUCAAAAUUGGGAAACAAUUGAAAUUUUCCCUGGUUAACAUUGCUGGACAUGACAUUGUACAAGGGAACAAGAAACUCAUAUUGGCUUUUCUGUGGCAAUUGAUGAGAUACAACAUCCUCCAACUUUUGAAAAAUUUGAGAUUCCAUUCUCGUGAAAAGGAGAUAAAAGACAUUGAUAUAUUGAACUGGGCUAACAAUAAAGUAAAGGAUUCUGGAAGGUACUCACGGCUGGACAGCUUUAAGGAUAGAAGUCUUUCGAGUGGAAUUUUUUUCCUUGAUUUGCUAAGUGCUGUUGAGCAUCGAGCUGUGAAUUGGAACCUAGUAACUAAAGGACAAAGCGAUGAAGAGAAGAAAAUGAAUGCCUCUUAUAUUAUUUCAGUGGCAAGGAAGCUUGGUUGCUCUGUGUUUUUACUUCCAAAAGAUAUAUUGGAGGUGAAUCAAAAGAUGAUGCUUACUCUUACUGCCAGCAUCAUGUACUGGUACUUAAAGAGGCCAAUCACAGAGGACGGAUCAGUGUCUUCGGAUGGAGAAAAUGGAAGUUCAUCAGAGAGUACCUCCAGCUCCACUUCAGAUGACUCUGGUUCAGAGUCUUCAUCUGAUGAUAGCGGAGGUAGAUAAUUCCGACGCGGUCAUAUAUUCUGACAAUAUCAUCUGACUCAGUGUGUACAUCUUUUUGUUCUCGUUUUACUACACCUUGAUAGAAAAAUGUUUGGAGCAGGGAACUGAUCCAAAUAGCAAUCUUCCUUUUUGGCUUUUUGAGUUGGGUUUGUGAUUGCGUUGCUCAUUAAGAAAUGUAUUUGAUGGAGAAGUCAAGCUGCUAUGAUUGUUGUAUAGGCUAACCCUAAAUUUUGCUCCUGUUGUCUUAUUUAUAUUGUGAAACAGCAAAAUAUAUUCUUGUAUAGUGGUUAGCAUUUUGCCUA